AUGAGAUUGAAAAGAAAAUUAUUGGACGCUAGUUCCAUGAACCGACAGAGGAAACUUGGCCAGCAAGAAACUGGAUGCUUCGAGAAGGUUUAUGAAAGCCUGGAGACCCUCUUUCUGUUCACGGUGUAUGUUGCCGCCAACUGCACAGCUUGCUACAUCGACCCCGAAAGUGGCGCCAUGAUGCUCGCUCCUAGCACGCUGCUCCUAAGGCGGGCUAGGAUUGUCAACACGGCCUUCUUUGUUUGCAUGAUUUUGGCUUCGUUCACUUACUUGCUUCUGAACAAAAUGGACGCUUUCUUUAUUGUCCUUGUCCACGGUCUCUUCCUUGGAGUGGUGACCUGGCAAAACGCGGCUGUCACCGCUCCCUACAAGGAGGAUGACUAA